AUUGUAAUCUCGCUCCAGUCCAACGUGGUUCCUCCGGAGCGCCGCUCGUCCCGCGCGACUCGUCGAGAUUUGUGACCUCCAUCAUCUGUGGCCUCUAUCUCAUUACACACCUCAAACAACAAACCAGUCUGGGGUUGAAUGUUUGUGGAUGACAUGAAUGACAAACAGGACAGGCCUUAUGUGUGCGGCGCCCCGGGCUGCUCUCAGCGCUUCCAGUCGGAGGAGCACCUGAUCAUCCACAGACGCAAGCAUGAGAUGAGCCUCAAGUUCCCUCCCAUCAAAACAGACACAGCCUUUACAGACCAGACACCAACGCCAACCCGAUUUUUGCAGAACUGUGAAGAGGUUGGUCUGUUCAAGGAGAUAGAGGAGGAGUUUCUUCAAGCACAAGAAGAGGAAAAGAGCAAACAGACGCUUAACCAUAAUGGGCCGUCCUGUAUGAACCAGCACCAGCUCAAAACCCAGCUUCAGCUCCAGCACACGCAUCCCCAGCCUCAGCACCCACAUCCCCAGCCACCGCUGCACCAUCCCCACACCCACGCUCUGCAACGGCCACAGUGUCAUGGCCCCAUGAUGGCCCCCAGCUGCAGCCUGGCUGCCCAGCAGACACUGUCCUCCUCCCAGUCCGGAUCGGUCAUCACCCAGGCUCCUUCCACGCUCACACACACAGGCCCAGUUCCCGGGCCGCUGUCCUCCCUCCUUUACAUGCGGAACAGACAUAGACAGCCGCUGCCGGCCUCCUUACCUGGCACGCUGCCUGAUCCCGCCAUGCAGGGAGCGUCUGCACAGCACAUGUCUAUAGAGAAGCAGAUGUCUUGUCUAAUGGGGAUACCAGGUCCCGUACACAACCCCUCCUGUUCCUCGCCUCAGAGAUCCAAACAGACACUGGGUCAUCAUUUCCAACAGCACCACCCAGGAAUGGUUGCCAUCAACACCCCCGGCACAUCCAUGGGUCAUGUGAUGGACAUGAUGUCACAGUGCCACCAGGCCCCUCCACUACAACACCACCAUCAUCCUCAUCAUCCACAGCUUCCAGCUCCAACCCUCCCCUAUCCACAGCGGUGCCACGGCCCUCCGCAGCAGCAGCAGCAGCACCUGCAGGGAAGCUCUCUCAGCCACCAGCUUCACCAUCCAGGGAACGCACCGCACACUCAGGCUCACCAGUCACCGCCUUCACACCUUCAUCAGCCAUCCCCGCCUGCACCUCCGCUGCCUGUUUCAGCACAGUUAUCACCAGUUGAACAGCAGAUGCACUCCUCGCACCCUUCCCAUUCCCAGCACGACAUGCAGGCAGGGGGUGGCUGCGGUGGUGGUGGGGCAAGAGAAGGAGGAUGCAGCAACCGUCGCCGGAGGACGGCGGAGCAGGACCCAGACGAGCGCAGGCAGAAGUUUCUGGAGCGCAAUCGGGCUGCAGCCACUCGCUGCCGACAGAAGAGGAAGCUUUGGGUGUCGUCGCUGGAGAAAAAAGCUGAGGAGCUGACGCACACAAACCUACAGCUACAGAAUGAGGUGACGUCGUUGAGGUCAGAGGUGGGUCAACUCAAGCAGAUUCUGCUCACCCACAAGGACUGUCCUGUCACUACCCGACAGAGAGAAUCACAGGGGUACCCCAGUGAGUAAAACCCCCUUACCCUGUACCUGUCACUAGAAAUAUCACCAGAUGCCUGAAACCAAUCAUCUCCAUCCAUCAGGGUAUAAUUCAGACACAUUAUACCGCAUCUGUGCACAUAGUGUUGUUAUACCAAACCGCCCUCUACACACAGGAACCUAAAACUGCAACUAAACAGCACUUGAGAGUCAAAACUCUGCUUUUAUCCCCUUGAGUGCAUCCGUUCAUGCACUUUUAUUCCAGUGGAGAACCAAUCAGGAACAGGCACUGCACUCCGAACUCUCAUUCAAAUGAGAAUAUUUUUCAUUUUUCAUUCUCAUUUAAUGAAGCAGCUCUUGACGGUGUUUAAAAUACCCUGGAGUGCAGACUCUUGUUGCACUCGCAUGAAGUUAGCAUGCAACAAAAUGCAGACCAUGCCCAUCUUGCACUCCAGCCAGGCUAAUGUUAAUGUUCAACAAUAACUGAACCUGUAACUGACCUUAAAGAAUAAAAAUACUGCACCUUGUGGCUUUAAUGGAAAACAGCCAUUAUGAUUUAAGUGUUGAGCUUCAGAGAACAAUGACGGAUGCAAUAUUGGCAUGUGUUGUAUUCAUAUAUUUCUACUGUUGUCUUUUUACGUGUAUGUACAGUAUUCAG